GAAGAAGAGCAUUCAUCUGCUUGUUUAGGGUUUUACAUACUCAAGUCGCCGAGUCGGUCACAGCAGCAAGCAGAGAAGAACAAUGGAUGGCAGACAGUUGACGGCAGAAUCGGUGCCGUUGUUCCAGGAAGGAAUAGGUUUGCUCCUGUCUCGGUGGUCGGUUCUGCAACUGGCCGUCGAAAACGAGUGGGGCGGCCGCGACUCUCGCCGCAAAGCUGAGCUACUCCUCUCCGAUGUCUUCUCCUUCUUUAACAACUCAAAAGAGCCGCUCUACAUUGAUGACCUAGAAAAUAUCCUUGAGGAAUCUCUGCUUUCUUUGAAUACAAUGGCUGAGGAUGGCAGCAUCGAGGAGGUUGCAGAAAAGUUGAUGAUUGUGCAUGAAGAAUGUUUGGAAGGUAAUUAUCAGUCUAUUGAAAAAAUGAGGGCAGCCAAUCGUUCACCAGUUAAUCACGUCAGACAGUUUAAUGAUGAGGAUGAGGACGAGGACGAUGAUGACGAUAAUGCCGGCACGGGUGAGGACAAUACAACAAACAUGAUGGUAGAUUUGCCGAAUUCCCGGCCAAUUUCAAAUGCAGUUGGUACAUCAACUGAUGAACCAAAAACCAAGCAGAAAGCUGAAGCUGCUGAUGAUGGUUGGGUGGUAGUUUCUUCUAAACGAAAUAAGGGAAGGAAAAAUUAGGUUGCCUCUUUAAUUACCAUAUACAUUUCCCUCUUGUUUUUCUGAAACGAUAUUUGUAUUUCUUUUGAUAUCUAUUUAUUAACAUAUUUGUUCCUCUCUUUUGCUAAAUACCCUUUUUAUUUCCCCCAAUUGUGGGGUGU